CCUCUUAACACCGUCCCCGCCUGUCAAUCGCCACCCAAAAUAAAAUAAGGUGCACAACAAAUACGUCGUGGAUAAGAGUAAAAAGAUACUUUGUAGGAUCGUAUGUAGCUAUCCUAUUGCUAUUCGAAUUGCUAUCCUCGUUCCAUUUUGUGUGUGGCGUGCGUACAGUUGAAUUUUUCAACAAGUUGCCAGCACAGCGCGCAACGCGACAUAAACACACACACAUACGCAUAGGCAAGCAAAGGCACAAACACACACACAUACGCAAAUACAAGCGCGCGCAGUGAGAAGAGAAAUAGCAACAGCAACAGCAAAAGCAAAAACAAAAGCAGCAACAACAAGAGGAGCAGCAACGUUUUUAGUGAUGUCAUCAGAAAUCGUCGUCCAACAACAACAACAUCAACAACAAUAUACAACCACAACAAUUUCAAACUGGCAACAUUGAAACGGAAACGGUCGCCAAACUGAAGCACUUAUCGGAGAGCGUAACGGUGCUGCUGAAAAUCGCUAAAAUGGACAGCAUCGUUGUCGAGGAGAAUGGCAACUCGGCCGCCUCCAGCGGCAAUGUCAACGAUGUUGAUGCCGCCGCAGCCGCCGUCGCUGCCGCUGCCGCCGCAGCAGCAGUCACAGGCGGUCAACUGCAACAGCAGCAACAACAACAACAGCAGCAACAACAACAGAACCAGCAAAGUACAACGGCGACGGCCAACACAAACAAUGCCAGCAGCGCGGCAUCCGUGCUGACCACAACCAACUGCAAUAUACAAUACCCUCUGACGCCGUUAACACACGGCCUACAGGUACAAUCCGUGAUACAGGCAGCCAAUCAUUCGGGUGUCAUACAAAGCGCCGCGGGAACGCAGCAGCAACAGCAUCAAAAUCAAUCGCUGGCCGACGCAACAGCGAUGCAUAAAGGAGGCGGCGGUAAUGUCGUCUAUGUGACCAAACCGGCAAAUACGACGGUUAUUCAUACGGCCACCGGCAAUGCAGUGCAAGUGCGUAACAAAAUCCCUCCAAACUUUCAAUGUAAGAUCAAACCCGAACCGAAUAUACCGCAUCCGGAGGAUACCGAUGAGAGUUUAUCGGACGAUGAUUCACAGCAUCAUCGAAACAGUCUGACGCGAAGGCCAUCGUACAACAAGAUAUUCACCGAAAUCAGUGGACCUGACAUGAGCGCGGGUGCAAUACUGCAAAUGCCUGAAGGCAUCGUACUCGGCUCACAGCUGAGCGGCAGUGGGGCGGGGGGCGGUGGCGGCGGCAGCGGUGGCGGUGGCAGCGGCGGCGGCGGUAACACAUCGGGCAGUCCACUGCUACACAUGGCGCCAGACUCGGCCUUCUAUUUAAGCAAUCGGAUAGCAUACAAUACCAAUACAGGCGGCAUUGCGGAAGAUCAGACGCGCAAGCGAGAGAUACGAUUGCAAAAGAAUCGCGAGGCGGCGCGCGAAUGUCGGCGAAAAAAGAAGGAGUACAUCAAGUGCCUGGAGAAUCGUGUGGCGGUGCUAGAGAACCAAAACAAAGCGCUUAUCGAGGAGCUCAAGUCGCUGAAGGAGCUCUACUGUCAGACGAAGAACGACUGAACGUGGUGGGUGCCAUUGCUGGGAUGGUCAGACAUCAGCGUCAGCAUCAGCAGCGACAGCGACAGCAGCAGCAGCAGCGACAACAACAACAACAGCAACGCCAGCAACAGCGACAGCAGCAGCUUUAUGUCAAAAAUUGCGGUCUGGCAACACUGACGAAAACAAAAACACAGAAACAACAACGAGGACGAAUACAAAGACACGAGGACAGCGACAAAAUCAAAGACAGAAACACAAAACAGAAUUGUAAGACACAAUGACGAUGGCAGCCAGCCGCAUAUCAUGGUUUACAUACAUAUAAAGCGCUAUAUGUAAUAUAAAUUAUCACAAAAAAAGAAACAAAAAAAAUUGAUCAUGUUGUUGUUGUCAUUACACACAGACACACACACACACACUGACAGCUCCACAAGUUGCUGUUCUGUUGGUCAAAUGUUGGCGAGAACAACAUUUGCAGGGCAACAAACAGCAACAGCAGCCAACAAACACACACACACAGCGACAGACAAACAAACAAACAAACACACACACACACACACAAUGUAAUUAUGUUUAUAAUUUACUCGUAAAAGUGUAAUAUUAUUUUAAAGCCUAUUUUUAUUGAUUUAGUUAUAUAUUUGCUAAUUAAAUUAUACACUACACAGUAAUUUGUACUGUUAAUUAAUUAUUAUUAUUUUUUAAAUAUUCAAACAUCAAUAUUUUUUUUUUUUUUUCGUCUAUUAUUCGCUACUUUGUUAUAUCAUAAGCUGAAAUCUGGAAUUUACAAAAAACAAACGAAAACAAAAAAGAAAAAAAAAAAAAACAAAAAAAAAAUGAUUAUACAAAGAAAAUGUGUUUAGCUAAAUUUUAAAUGCGGCGCCUAGCAAAAUUCUCUCUCUCUCCCACACAAGCAGCAGCAAAAGCCUUUCCCACACACACACACACGAAACACCCUGUAUCCCCCCACAUAGAAAAUGAAGAAGAGUGCGCAAAGAGAAUGAGAGUAAAAGCAUAAUUAAAAUUAAGUUUUAAAAUUUGUAACCUUUAGGCAGAGAAAACGAUCUUGAGUUUGAGAAUGAGAAUGAAAAGAAGCGUGUGAGAGACAUGAAAUGAAAAGAGUAAGAGAAUAUAUAUAUAUAUACACCAUAUAUAUAUAUAUCUGUGUUGUUGCAUAAUUUUACGUACGGCAGUUUCUUUCCAACACCCCUUAAACCCCUUCCCUUCCUCCCACAAACACACACACACGCACCUUCCCCUUAGCAUAGACUACACAAAAUUUUUUUUGUUCUCUGUGUGCGCAUACCGCAAAAACACAAUUGAUAUAUGAAUAUGAAUAUAUAUAAACGAAAAUUAUAUAUACAUAUGCAUGUAUGUAGUUAGCGAAUAUUUGUACACUAUUUGUAUUUUAACUGAUUUUGCGUUAAAGCUAAGCAAACGAAAGAAAUUGAAAAUAAACAAUGCAUAAAACAAGAAAAACACAAACAACAACAAAAAACAAAAUAAAUAGCUGCAAAUGCUCUGUACUUUUUGUGGCAAGCAAAAAACAUAGAAAAGGAACACAGCAAGAAAAAAAAACAAUAUUAAAAUAAAACAAAAAAAUCAACGAAAGCAUAGUCAUAUUUUGUAAUGUAAAAAGAAGUGCAAAUGAAGCGACUAGAAAACGAUAAAAUAAAAAACAAAACAAACACAUAAAAGAAAAACACAAAAAAAAAUGUCUCGUUAUCUCUUGUGAUCAACUCAGUUGUUAUAAAUGAAUUAAAAAAAAACACAAAAAAUUAAACCAGGCAAAGAAGAAUAUGCAAAGAAAUCAAAUAAGAAAAACAUGCAGCUUCCAUAAGUUGCAUGUCCGUUCUUUUUUUUAUAAAUGUAUGUACAUGAAAACAACACACACACACACAAAUAGAAAGGGAAAAACAAAAGAAAAAACAUUACAAACAAUUGAUAUAUAAAUAAAUACAUAUGAUAUAUGUGUAUCUAUAUUAUAUAUCUGUCUAUUUUUCAUGUCAAAAUCAAAGCGAAACAAUUUAUGAUUAACUGGAACGUAAAUAAUGAUUAGAUAAAUAAAGAUGGUAAACAAAAAUGAUUGUAAACUUUUUAGCAGUUCAGAAACGCGAUAUGAAUAAAAACAAAAAAAAAAAAAAAACACAAAAAGCAAAA